GGCAACAGACCACCCUAUUCCAUAUCUGCUUCGAGACUCCUCGUUCCUCACCGGGCUUUCGGGUUUCUCCAUCUUUGCUCUUCUCAAAAUCGUGAUUCCGCCAAUCGCCCGCAUUCCGAUCCGAUAGGCUUUCUAAUCGAUUGAUACAGACAGCUUCGGUGACCAAUUCCCUGGGUCUUCUAGGGUUUUGCGUCGCAAAGGAUUGCCGAUUUUUGUGCUUUCGUUUCAGCUGAUUCGAUUGAAAGUUUCGGAGUAUUUUUUCGAGGGAAUUGACCAAGUUGGAGACUUUUUGUUCUUUUUGAAUAUCGAAAACGUGUUUCCUUGAUUUCCAGGCCUGUUGUUUUCAGGUUUGGAAUGUUUGCUGGGCCGGCAAGAAGGAAGUUUUGAUGUUUGGUAGUGGAGAUAGAUGCUGUUUAUUACUGCGGAAAGUAGGUUCGAGAUUAAUCAGUGUGCGUUAGGAUUAUGUUGCGGUGCCAUUGAAAUCUGAGGUGGAUAUGGUGGCUUCCCAGCUAAUGAAAGUAGCUGGGUUCAUCCACUCAACUCUCUCAGGUUACUCAACGCCAGCAUGGGCAGCAGCCAUUGCUGGUGUUUUUGUGAUUACUUCAGUAUCGCUUUCCAUGUUUCUUUUGUUCCAUCACCUAUCAGCGUGCAAGAAUCCGGAGGAGCAAAAGUUUUUAGUUGGUGUUAUCUUGAUGGUCCCUUGCUAUGCUGUUGAGUCGUACGUGUCAUUAGUGAACCCAACGUUAAGUGUUGAUUGUGGAAUCAUCCGUGAUAGCUACGAGUCCUUUGCCAUGUACUGUUUUGGAAGAUAUCUUGUUGCUUGCUUGGGCGGCGAAGAAAGAACGAUUGAGUUUAUGAAGAGGCAAGGUGGUUCAAAUUCUAAGCAACCCCUUUUACAUUUUGUAUCCGAAAAGGGUAUAAUAAAGCAUCACUUCCCAAUGAAUUAUUUUUUAAAGCCAUGGAGAUUGGGUGAAUGGUUUUACCAGGUCAUCAAAAUUGGUAUUGUUCAAUAUAUGAUAAUUAAAACUCUUACUGCCAUUCUGGCCGUUUUUCUUGAAGCCUUCGAUGCAUAUUGUGAUGGAGAGUUUAAAUGGAAGUGUGGGUAUCCUUAUAUGGCAGUGGUCCUCAAUUUCAGUCAAUCAUGGGCCUUAUAUUGCCUAGUGCAAUUUUAUGCUGCUACGAAGGAUGAAUUGGAGCAUAUAAACCCAUUGGCAAAGUUUUUAACGUUCAAAUCAAUUGUUUUUUUGACUUGGUGGCAAGGUGUGGCUAUUGCAUUAUUUUAUUCGCUGGGUUUAGUGAAAAGCCCUAUAGCUCAGGCCUUGCAGUUUAAAUCAAGCAUCCAGGACUUCAUCAUUUGCAUAGAGAUGGGCAUUGCUUCCAUGGUUCACUUGUAUGUAUUUCCUGCGAAGCCAUAUGAGCUAAUGGGUGAUCGGUUCCCCGGCACCGUAUCAGUUCUUGGAGAUUAUGCUUCCGUGGACUGUCCAUUAGACCCCGAGGAAGUUAGGGAUAGCGAGCGACCUACCAAGCUAAGGAUUCCUCAGCCACCUAAUGUCGAUUUUAAGAGCGGAAUAAACAUCAAAGAUAGUGUCCGAGAUGUAUUUCUUGGUGGCGGAGAAUAUAUUGUAAAUGAUUUGAAGUUCACAGUCACUCAAGCGGUGGAACCAAUGGAAAAGGGUCUCACUAGGUUUAAUGAGAAGCUUCACAAGAUAUCUCAGAAUAUAAAGAAGCAUGAGAAGGACAAAAGGAGAACCAAAGAUGACAGUUUCAUAGGCUCCUCGUCGCCUUCUAGGAGAGUUAUUCGCGGCAUAGAUGAUCCGCUUUUGAACGGUACUGUAAGCGACUGUAGCUCGUCGAAGGGAAGACGACACCGUCGAAAAUCCGGCUAUAACAGUGCUGGGAGCGGCGGAGAAAGCAGUAGUGAUCAUAGUUUUGGCAGAUACGAAAUCCGUGGCUAUAGAUGGAUUACCAAGGAUUGAAAAUUUCUCACUAUUUUUUCAGGAGGAUUUACAUACAUACCACUUAAUUCCCUAUUUAUUUACAUAUUUCAACAUCUAAAUUUUAA